AUGUCGAUAUGUGUAACCUGUAUAGCGAGCCGGUGCGGAGCGGGCGGCCGGGAGCCUUACCUUCUCCCAUUACGGCGGAGGUGCGCCGCCGACAAUCGCUUCGCCGAGAUCUGUGUGGGCUAUUUAAUAGGGGUGAUUGGAGAGCUCCGACGCCCGAUUGCUUUUAACAUAUCUACUGUCAUCGUUGCUCGGUCGGGCUACUGUCGAGCAGCGAAUAACACGAGCCAUAUGUGCAGGGGCGUAAGGACCAAUGGAGCCUGUUUAGAACCUCGUGUUAUUGCGAAGGCCCCACCCGGAGAGGGCUGCCCACGCUGCGGCGGCUGCGUGUAUGCCGCCGAGCAAAUGUUAGCUCGCGGAAGGGCGUGGCACAAGGAGUGCUUCAAAUGCGGCGACUGCUUAAAACGGCUGGACUCCACAAACUGUUGCGAGGGGCCAGACAAAGAUAUUUACUGCAAAGUAUGUUAUGCAAAGAAGUUUGGUCCUAAGGGAUAUGGUUACGGAAAAGGAGCCGGCGUUCUGCAAAGCGAUCCUUACGCUAAUGGGGACUACACGCCUAAAACCACGGUGAUAGAUACUGCUAUAAUCAAAGCUCCACCGGGCAAAGGGUGCCCAAGAUGCGGUGGCGUCGUUUACGCAGCAGAACAGGUCUUGGCUAAGGGUCGUGAAUGGCAUCGUAAGUGCUUCAAGUGCCACGACUGCUCGAAGACUCUUGACUCAAUUAUCGCCUGCGACGGUCCAGACUCUGAUGUAUACUGCAAGACCUGCUAUGGCAAGAAGUGGGGCCCCCACGGCUAUGGAUUUGCAUGCGGCUCUGGAUUCUUACAAACUGACGGCUUGACUGAGGAAGAGAUCUCUGCAAACCGCCCAUACUACAACCCAGAUACGACCAGCAUUAAAGCGCCGAAGGGCCAAGGCUGCCCACGAUGCGGUGGCAUGGUGUUUGCUGCUGAGCAACAAUUGGCUAAGGGAACUAUGUGGCACAAGAAAUGUUUCAACUGUGCUGAGUGCCAUCGUCCACUGGACUCCAUGCUGGCUUGCGAUGGCCCUGACAAGGACAUCCAUUGCCGUGCAUGUUAUGCGAAGCUGUUUGGACCAAGAGGCUUUGGUUAUGGUCAUGCCCCAACACUUGUAUCAACAGAUACUGAUGUUACUAACAGAUACACUGAACAGUUUCCAUUCACUGGUCAAAAAGCAGCUAAAGGCCAGGGCUGCCCACGCUGUGGCUUCCCAGUCUAUGCUGCUGAACAAAUGCACUCCAAAAAUGGCACAUGGCACAGGCGAUGUUUCUCAUGUGCAGAUUGCCACAAAUCUCUUGAUUCUACAAACCUGAACGACGGUCCCAACGGAGAAAUUUACUGCCGUAGCUGCUAUGGCCGCAAUUAUGGACCUAAGGGAGUCGGGUUCGGUAUGGGUGCAGGCACAUUGACCAUGGCUUAA